AUGAAGAUUCCUAGGGAGAAAUUAUCCGCGUUGUGGAAUGUAGUCAAAGAUAAGAGGAACCCCUUAAAUAUAUCAUACGAAACGUUGGCAAAAUACAGGCCUUUAUUCCGGUAUCUUAGUGGAAAGGAAAUAGCGAGGUUGAACCUGAGUGACUCUAAAAUACUAUCGUACAUCGGGACGCAUGCGGAUCUCGACAGGCACCAAGUAGGCCUGGUAGCCAGCAAAUACAUCCGAUUGAAUGAGAAGUGGUCCGAACCCAGAUAUUUGAACCUGAUGAAUAAUCUUCUGUGCGGUGUGCCGAUGACUUUCAUGAGAAAAAUACCAGAGAACACAUAUUUACAGCUGUCGCAUCAAGUGUUCUACCAUAUUCAUGCUUGCGAUCCACUCCAGCGUCGGUUUUACCUCGCCCUGAUGAUGCGAACACAGGUGUUAGGAAAAUCUUAUAGUUGGAGUGCUAGUGAUGUGGCGCGGCUGGGUCUUCUCCUCGCUGAGGUGUCAGGACCAGCUCUAAGUUCCAUAAGUCCAAAGGCCAUGGCGGGUAUUACUGCUCAGGUAAUGCUGAAAAUGUCUCCGCACAAUUUACAAUAUCUCACUGAAGCACAAUUACAGUAUAUCGGCCAGAAGCCACUUAAUAUUUUAGCAAGAAAGUUGAAAGGUUACCAAGAUCAGCUACAAAUAUAUGGAAACGGGGCAGCUUGUAAGACAACUUCAGUUAAUUUAUAUUACUUGAGUUUUACUAUUAGUACAAUUAUUCUAUUAAAUGAAAGUAUUUGA